GUAGUGGGGAAAGGGGCGGGGCGCCCGGCGCACUGGGCCAAGUAAACUUCCUUGGUUCCGGGAGGUCCGGUCAGAGCAGGGAACAUGGCAGCCGCAAACAAACUACUCGGGAUCUCUCGCUGCUUGUUGGGCAGCUCCAGGCUCGGUGUCCCCGCUGUGCGCACAGUAAUGUGUCCGAGAAGCAGCCGCCUGGGGCCUGGGCACAUUCGGGCCUUCAGCUCUGAAGAUAAAGUGACGGUAAAGUUCAUAAAUCGAGAUGGGGAAACCCUGGUAGCACAAGGAAAGGUCGGGGAAUCACUACUGGAUGUUGUCGUAGAAAAAAACUUAGACAUUGAUGGCUUCGGUGCGUGUGAAGGAACGCUAGCCUGCUCUACCUGCCACCUUAUCUUUGAAGACCAUAUAUUCCAGCAACUGGACCCUAUCACUGAUGAAGAGAUGGACAUGUUGGACCUGGCCUACGGACUGACUGAUACGUCUCGGCUGGGCUGCCAGAUCUGCCUGAAGAAAUCCAUGAACGGAAUGACGGUGAAGGUGCCCGAGUCUGUGGCCGAUGUGCGGCAGGCAGUGGAUAUGGGCAAGAGUUCAUGAGGCACGGAACUUACUUAGGAAAAACGCUGCCUUUUUAUAAGAUUUCAUGAUUCAGUGUAAUUAUCACUAACUUUUAUGUGCUAGAUACAACCAAUGAUAUGAAUGUAUUUCUAAUUUUACCUAUAAAUACAUAUAUUUUGUACGUACGUAUAUUUCCACAGUUUCACAGUUCAGUGUUGUCUGUGCAGUUGUCCUGUUGCCCACAGUGCUGGGCUGGAGGAUGGGAGACCCCUAUUGAUUGCCCAUGCGACUCCAUAGUGAUACUCAGUGGGACUGGGUAUCCUGCCACUAAAGCUGCCGUACAACAGCACAUCAUGUAGCAGCCUCGUGUCGGCAUUUCUACUUCUUACACAUAAUCGGGCCAGCAGGAUUAGAAGUCUUCUUGUGCUCAAGUAUAAUAGCAUUGUGCCCCAAGCAUAGUGCGCAUAUAAAGGGCACAUGACCUGAACUCAUUGAGUCACGUGACAGGUUUUACAUGGUUUUGGUGUAUUGUAAAAGUGUAGAAAAAAUGUGUAGAAGGGUUGUUCUGUUUCCAUAUAUGACUUCCUGUGGGGAGGAGGGGGGGGGGGGGGGUGGAGCUGCCAUGUAGCAAUCGUGGUCAUUGGACAAUGCCUUUGGAGGAGAAAGCAAAAUGGCAGCUCAGUAUUAUAAUAAAUGUUAUAAGUUUUAAACAUUA